GGGUAGGCACCCAGUGUUAUAAACGUCUGAAUGUUAUUAUAGAUAGGCACUUUAUAGGUUAGAAAAGUAGAUGUUUGUUUGGUAAGAAUUUGGUGGUUAAUAUACGUUCCACACAGGUAUUAGAGUAGAUAGGUCAAGGUCGGAGACCAGUAAUGUUGUUUUUAAUCUUCAUAUAUACGCUUUUGGCUAUAUUUAGAGGAUAAAACUUACCGGAAUGGUAGGUCAUCAACCAUCUAUAAAUCGUCGCAUUUAGCGCAUCCAUUAUUCGUUCCUGCGUUGUGCUGGGACAUAAAUACUUUGUUUUCGUUGGAGUUUACACAUUUCGCAAUUGAAAUACAUUUGUAACAUGGUUAUACUACGUAUAAAUGGCUUUAACUUGGUAAAACGGGUUGAAACAGGGUUGUUUUCUGUCGUCAUAAACAUUGACGUCCGUCAAUGACAGUUGGUUUGUUGUCUGUGGUUUGGCACAAACAAUCAGUCAUACAUAAAGAGUAUUUAUGAAUAAACAUUUAGUAUGUGUUCUUUUAUAUUUUGCAAUUCGUAGUUAUAAAUAAUGUCCUUAUUUUUAGCUUUCGAAAUUAGUAAUUCUUUUUAUUUUUGGUGACUUCGGUUUUCUGUAAAUUGGAUCCGGUCAGUUGCGAUGUCAUUGAAUGGGAAGUUUUCCAUUCACCACUUUGUCUGUGGCUUUUGCCAUUUGAUUUUUCGCUUGAUCACUGGAAUAUUCCGUGACAAGAUGUAAGACGUAAUUUCGACAUCAGGUCGGCAAUUAAUUCAUGGGGUAUGUAUUUUAUUUAAAGAUUGUAUUUCCUAAAACUCGGUUAAAUUCGGUGUUCAAUGUUUUAAUCGUUGAUAUAUUUUGUUCCAGCUUGGCCCAAAAUAUGAUUAACCUAGCUUCCUAUGCGCCGGUAAUGGCGGCAUAACCUUUUCACCUCUUUCAAACCAACUUGCAAUUCCUUGACAAAGAUGAGACAUCAUCUUGUUUCACCGCGUGCGCAUACGUCGCCACGUCUGGUGUCUAAUAUAAGGGACUCGGCUUAGAAACCGGUAAGGAUUUUUUAAUCUAAUUAUUUCCGCAAGCUAAAUCGCGCUUUGUCCCAAUUAAAUUUAAAAUAUAACUUGUUAUAACAUAACCUCUCUAAAACCUAGAACAUUCUCUUUGUUUCUAGGGUCCCUUCUUGGCUUGGCCUGUCCCUUGGCUUGCCUUCUUCAUCUUCUUGGCCCUAUGGCUUUUGGAAGAUCUAGGAUGGUGUCGCACCAUGCUAGUUGAGAAGCCGUCUUCUCCACUUAAUUUUUGGACUCGAGGUGAAGUGUUUAUACGAUAAAACUGUGAGUUAAAAACUUAUAUUUACAUUAGUGACUGUGUUCCUUUGCUGGAAAGGAUAAACAAUAUUUAAGUCUGAAUUUCUUUUUAACGUGAACUUUCUACAUGGUAAAUUCUAUUAUUAAUAUGAAACCUGCAAUUCCUAUGUAGGAUUUUGUGUGUAAUACAGGCCCAAAUAUGCCUGAGAUGUACUUAAGUUAAAUUUAAUUAGUAAUAGUUACGGUACGUAAUUUAAAUGUUAAGUCUCGAGGCCGCAGCAGGUCUUAUUGUGAUGUAAAGUGAAUAAAAGUAUUUAGUAAAUAAAUUUGUAUUUUCAUUUGGAUAUGUCAUACGUUUGAUGAGUAUAGUAUCCAGGCGUCCUACUUUAAAUAUUUGGAUAUCUAUUCUCACUCCAUAGUGGCAGAAACCACGACCCUAUCUAUGCUCGUAGUUAGCCGUAAGCAUUUUUGAAUUUUUAGGUAGGUAGAUCUUGGGGGUUCUGGACCACUUACCCAGAGUUCACCCUCACCUAUUAGAGUGGCGCCCAACGUGGGGCCUAUGGAGUAUGACAUUUCCAAGUGAAACAUUUUAGAAAUAUUUUAGUAUUAAGGUUUUUAUAUGUAAAGGGAAUUGCAAGUUGUUGUUUGAAGUUGUUGUUUGAAGGUGUUGUUUGUGUUGGAGGUUAAACUUAUAAAUUUAACCAACUUAUAAAUAAAGCUAUACUUUAUACGCUAAAUAAUUAGCUAUACUUAAAGAGAUUUUCUCAAUAUUCUAAAAUACUUUAAAAGGGUUAAAAUCUAAUAAAAUUUUAACUUAUCUUUAAAAUAUUAUAACUCUAUACUGACUUACUUCUGAUAUUACAUAUCAAUCUCGAAAAAUGGAUUUCAUAAAAGCUGGUUGUAAAAUCACCCAUUUACAUAAAGACGAAAUGUCACAUGAAUUAGCGAUUCGCAGACUUCCGGUUAAUCCCAUCUCACGUAGAUCCAGUCUGUGUCAAGCUUUGAAACAGACUGCAGAUUUAGCCAAAAAGGGUAGUUUAAAGUUCCCGGACUUGGUAAUAAGUAAUGAAGCUUCCGAAUUAGAACUCUGUCAGCAUAAGGUAGAGGAGAUAGAGUUAGAAGCAAAAGGGGAAUUAUCAGCAGCGGCGAUCGACAGGCUAUCCUCGCGUUGCAAAUAUCUAUUGUGUCGUAUUUCACGGUUGCCUCAGGAGACCGAAGCGGUACUUCUGUUGAAAACGUUAAUUACUUCUUUAUUGGAUCGGUUGAAUGAGCAAGGCUCUUCUGCGUCGUCUGGUUCAGAUGAUGACUUUCAAUCUCCUAACGAAUCUCGUAUUGUUAGGGAGAUUAUUUACAAAACGGAUAAGACUUUUAAUAUAAAUUCUUUAAAUUUGAAAUUUAAAGGUGACACUUGUGUUCGUACUUUCCUGUCUCGCCUCGAAGAGUUGCGAGAUGCUAGAAGAAUUUCUGAAAGCCGAAUAUAUAGAGGUUUUCCUGAGAUUCUCGAAGGUCCUGCGUUGUCGUGGUUCCGGUCGCAACGUACGAAACUUACUACUUAUAAAGAAGUCACCGCGGCUUUACAAGAUGAAUUUGAUAUACCUGAUUUGGAUCAUCAGUUGUUACAGGAAAUACGGGCUAGGACUCAAGCCAAGUCUGAAACUAUUGUUUAUUUCGUAUCGACCAUUCUAGGAAUGUAUGAGCGUCUUGCAAAAGAGGUUCCUGAACAAGAAAAGCUGGAUACUAUGAUGAGAAACAUUCGUCCGGAGUAUUCCAAAGAUUUAGCUUUACAUGACAUAGGAUCGAUUGAGCAGUUGAAGUCGUUGUGUAAACGCAUCGAACUAGCACAGGUUAAGGCUAAACAAUUUCGUGAACCGGUUUUAUCAAACCAGUCAAAUAAUUCUUCAUCAGAACAUCCACCAAAGAACGUUGAACCUAGGAAUAAGUCCUUCCAGUCUCGUUUUCCUAAUUCGUCCAGAAACUUUGUUGCUGCGGCAGCACAAAGCUCUUCUCAACUAAAAUGUUUUAGAUGUGGUAGGUCCAACCAUAACACUAAAGAGUGCAAGAGCUCUAGAGAUAUCGUUUGCUUUAAAUGUGGAGAAAAAGGGGUGAAAACUCCCGAAUGUGUUAAAUGUAACUCCAAGACAAAAAACUAAAUAAGGUCUUUUCUGUUAAUAAUAAAUGUCGACCUUCUGCUCCCUAUCGCGCAGAAAAGACGAUUUUCUUUAAUCCUCCAAAGGGAGACAAUAGGGUAUAUGCGCUAUUGAAUAUACUUAACUUGAAUUUCAAGGCAUUGUUAGAUUGUGGUGCCAGUGUUAGUUUCCUGGGCCACAACAGCCAUUUAGUAUUCGCCACAGGUGGGAUUCCUAUUCAAAAACAUACGAAACCUGUUAUGGUGAACGUAGCUGACGAUCAUCGAAUCGUAUCUACUGAAUAUAUGGUUUUACCAGUAAAUUAUAAAGGUCAAGUUAAACUUAUACACUUUAAUAUUCAACCGGAGAUUGCCACUCCAAUGGUACUUGGUUUGAACUUUUGGAGAGCCUAUGGAUUAGCUCCAGGCCUCAUUACUGAUAUAGAAAAAACUGAUUCUCAUUAUAUUGCUAGUCUUGACGCUUUACCGUCAGAGACAGGACUUACUACUUAUGACUCUUUAUCUUCUGAACAAAAGUCUCGACUUGAGGCUACUAAAUCUCUUUUUGAUCAAAUUGAUACUGAUAAGGUUGGUUUGGGAAAGACUCACUUAAUGGAACAUGUUAUAAAUACCGGAGAUACUCCUCCGAUAAAACAAAAAUAUUAUCGACUUAGUCCUUUUAAACAAGCUGCACUAGCUAAAGAGGUAGAUCGUAUGCUGAAAGAAGGAAUUGUCGAACCUUCUCAUUCCCCAUGGAAUUCUCCUGUCGUUAUGGUGGAAAAACCUAACGGAGACUUAAGACUUUGUUUAGAUAGUAGAAAAGUAAACGCAGUUUCAAAAUCUGAUGCGUAUCCCGUACCACAUGUUCAAUACAUACUGGAUAAUUUACGCGAUGCGAAAUUCCUUACCUCUCUUGAUUUGAGUGCGGCAUAUCAUCAGAUUCCUCUUAGUGAAGACUCCAAGGAGAAAACUAGUUUUACUGUACCAGGAAAAGGGUUAUUCCACUAUAAUAGAAUGUGUUUUGGUUUGGUAGGCGCUUCUGCGACUAUGCAACGUCUCAUGGAUAACCUCUUUACUUCACAUUUUGAUCACAAAGUCUUCUGUUAUAUUGAUGACAUAAUUAUUUGUACUUCCGAUUUCGAUGAACACAUAAGAUUACUUAAAGCGGUUUUUGAAAAAUUAAAAUCAGCAAAUUUAACUAUUAAUAUGAAAAAGUCAUCCUUCUGUAGGAGUGAACUGAAAUAUCUAGGAUAUUUAGUUGAUAGAUACGGUCUGCGAACCGAUCCAUCUAAAAUUGAUGUAAUUUUAAAUUUUCCUACGCCUAAAGAUGCUAAGGAUAUUAAACGUUUUCUUGGAAUGUGCGGUUGGUACCGUCGUUUCAUUAAUAAUUUCGCAAA